CUCGCCCACCGUCCACCGAGGAUUCCGUACAAAUUAGACUUUAUUUUAUUUUUUACAAAUUUAUAGUUUUCAGAUUUUUCCCUGAUGUACUUGAAGUGUAGGUUGUGUACCAUAUUCAGUACUUGCCAAAUUUCUAGGUCAACGGGAAGUAAGUACCCUAUAAUUUUGAUUCCCUUGAGAGUGUCGAUGUAAUAUUCAUUUUUUGCGGCAUAAAUUGUAAUUGUGUGUGUUGUUUUUAUGUUAGUAAAAUUUUUAUUACCUACGUAUUUUUUCUAUUGCUAUUUCCUACCUAGCAUGGAUAAAAACGGUUCCGCUAAUUUAACAUUCAAUCAAAUUGGCGCAAUAUUUGUUUCAUUAAAGGUUUCCGAGUACUUAACCAAUUACGUUUUCACCAUGGCACCACUGAGAUGUGUAACUAUAUUACUGGGACUUGUACUUUACAUUGAGGCGCAGGCAAAUAAUACGGAUUUAAAUAGGCCCGUCAACAGCAACAACACUGUCAACACUGAACGGCCCGCGCCUCAUUACGUGCUGCGACCGCUUCGUCGAGCGGUGCUUAUUCUGCAAACUAACAACGACAAGGUCCUAAGAUCUUCAGAUUAUAACUCUCUGAAAUACAUAGAGUACGACGACGUCAAUGGCACCAUGUUGAACGAAGUUUUUAUGUAUAACUUAAAAGACGUCGCCAAUUUCUUCGAAGUAUAUCUCGACACUAAAAUAUGUUAUAAUACUUGCAACAGUUAAUAAAUAAUAAUUCUGU